UGUUUCUAAAAGAAUAAAAGCAAAAAAAUAAAUGAAAAAGAAAUAAAAAGCAUAGGAACGGUCUUAAUUUUGGGAUUUUUAGGAUUGUUUAAGGAUCCAUACGUGGAGACUUUCUAUUGGAUCGAGUUAACUUUUCUAUCUCUCUUCUUUUCUUUUAUUUUAUUUUAUUUUCUUUUCUUUUCUUCCUCUUUCUUCGAUCUCUCCGUCUUCUAUGGCGAUUCUUUUUUGAUCUCGGAUCAGUCUUCUUCUUCUUCGAUUGGUCUUCUUCUUUGAUCGAUCGAUCAUCUUCUUCUUCUCACUUUGCAAAGAUGAAAGAUCCAUUCGUCCUCUCGUUGGCCGUGUAGACAAAUCUUCACCGCACAGUCAUCUUCUUCUUCUCACCGUUCAGGCUUGAAACCGUUGGAUUGGGUCAACUUCUCCUUCUCACCGUUGAAUCCGAAACCGUUGGAUUCGAUCAUGGAUUUGGAUAGAUCGAAAACCAAAUCUCCCGAGGAACUCAUUUCCAUCGGCUGGGAUGAUGGCAUAUUGGGAUCACUAUGAAAGCUUCUCAAUUUAUUAGUUGGAUCAACAACCAGGCGAGUGCUAAUAAGCUGAUCACCAGUUAUUUUUCUACUGUUAAUUUAAUCUUCUAAUGUCUGGUGAUGUAUCAAUUGCAGGCAUCACUUUGUUAUUCCUUUGUGGAGAGGAAAAGAUUACAUCACGAUGUCUGCUUAAGGAUGUGUGGUGUGCGUGGUGAAGGCAGGGGCAUUUUCUUUUGCAUUGAUUACGGACCAGAGUCUCUCUCAGAAACGGGUGCAACAUCAAUGGAGCAUUCAUUACCGAACACAAUCUUCCAUUUCACAGUUGGCAAGAGGUGAAACAGAGAAAACUUGUGAUACAAGAAGCCAAGACUUCACUCAACACUCGUGACAUCGAGCUUUGAAGCAGAGACAAGACUUCACUCAACACUCCUGGCAUAAAGCUUUCAAGCAGAGAAGAAGCCAAGACUCGUGACAUAAAGCUUUAAAGCAGAGACAAGACUUCACUUCACUCAACACCUCGUGACUCUCCUUUAUUUUAUCUCAAGCCAUUGGCGCUUAUAUAUUACAACACUCGUGUAGCCAAAUAAUGAACAUUUCUCUCCUUGUGUAACCAUUUGUCUUUAAAUACAAAACAGUUCAAAACCAUUACAGAAGUUGUCGCAAGCGCAAAUACAAUUUUACCAUUUCUCAUCCUCAAAAUCAUUUUUCUCAAGUUCAAGCUAUCAUUUCUCUCAUCCUCAAAUACAUUUUCUCAAGCUCAACUCUCAUUUCUCUCAUCUUCAAAUACAUUUUCUCAAGCUCAAGCUAAAUGGCUUCUUCUUCUAAUAAUGAUAUUGAAAAUAAUGAUAUUGAAGAAAUGAUGGAUGAAAAAUUUGAUCAAUAUUUCGAUCAAUAUUUUGAAAAUCUCCUCAUUCGUAAUGAAAAUCGCCAAGAAGCAUCAAGGUCAAAAAAAAAACGAGCUUACAUCGAAAGACAACGGGAACAGGGACACUUGCAGUUAUGGAACGAUUAUUUUAGUGAAGAUGCAACAUAUCCUUCUCACAUGUUUCGACGCCGGUUUCGAAUGAACAAGCCCUUGUUCAUGCGUAUUGUUGAUCGACUUUCCGCUGAAGUCCCAUACUUUCAACAUAGAAGAGAUGCUACUGGAAGGUUCGGUCACUCUCCGUUACAAAAGGCAACUGCAGCAAUUCGUAUGAUGGCAUAUGGUUGUCCAGCUGAUGCGGUCGACGAAUACCUCCGACUUGGUGAGACCACGGCGCUUUUAUGCUUGGAACAUUUUGUUCAAGGAAUCAUAAAUUUAUUUGGAGAUGGGUAUCUAAGAAGACCCACACCAGAAGAUCUUCAACGACUGCUCGAUAUUGGAGAGAUACGCGGAUUUCCGGGGAUGAUAGGAAGUAUUGAUUGUAUGCAUUGGGAGUGGAAGAAUUGUCCAACCGCAUGGAAAGGUCAAUAUACACGUGGAUCAGGAAAGCCAACAAUCGUUUUAGAGGCUGUUGCGUCACAAGACCUCUGGAUAUGGCACGCGUUUUUCGGACCUCCAGGUACAUUAAACGAUAUCAAUGUUCUUGAUCGAUCACCGGUUUUUGAUGAUAUAUUACAAGGUCGAGCUCCAAAAGUUAAUUACAUUGUAAACGGACACGAAUACCAUUUGGCUUACUAUCUCACAGAUGGUAUAUAUCCAAAAUGGGCUACUUUUGUCCAAUCUAUUCCACUUCCGCAAGGUCCGAAAGCAACCUUAUUCGCUACACAUCAAGAAGCUGUACGUAAAGAUGUCGAACGUGCUUUUGGAGUCUUGCAAGCUCGAUUUGCCAUUGUCAAAAAUCCCGCUCUUUUGUGGGAUAAAAUAAAAAUUGGCAAGAUAAUGCGAGCAUGUAUCAUUCUACAUAAUAUGAUCGUCGAAGACGAACGAGAUGGGUACACUCAUUUUGAUGUAUCAGUUUUCGAACAGCCGGAAUCAAACCGAUCUUCAGAAGUGGAUUUCACAUUUUCUACAGAUAUGCCUUCAAAUCUCGGCAAUAUGAUGGCCAUUCGGAAUCAAAUUCGUGAUAGAAAAAUAAAUCAACAAUUGAAAGCUGAUUUGGUUGAGAAUAUAUGGCAAAAAUUUGGAGCAAAUGGAGAUUUCAACUAAUCGUUUUUUUUCUCGUUUACUUUUGCAUUUGUAUUUUUAAUAUCUUUUUGUAAUUUUUAUUAAAAAUUUUAUGUAUGCUUUUAUAUUAAAUAAUUCUACUUAAUUUUUUUUUUUUUUUUUAGAACCCCAUAGGGGGUUCUCCCAUUGGAGGAAGAAAAUAAUAAUUCCACCAACCAAAGCUCUAAUCUUGCCAGAUUACCUUAU